GUAGUAGGAAAUGGCGUCGUGGCAUUGAGGGGCAUCCCUCCUAGAACCUCCAAGAUAAGCUCGCGGAAGACGAGGUUCUGCUGAGAGAGAGGCUCCAAGCCGUCUGGGAAGUGUAGUCCAGUUGGCGUAGCAGUAGUUUCUUGGGGGGAGCCGAGGUUCCGGGAAGGGGCUGAGCCGACUUGAAAAGAGAUUAUGACUGUACCUUUUAAUUCUGUAGCUGGAGCACAAGAAGUGUUUGUUUAAUGAAUGACGUACACAUUUAGGAUCUGUUUGGACGCUGAGGAUAAUCCUGUGAAUUGCUAAUAGUUCACUGGGUUUGGCCCUUAGUGUUGACUUCAUUCAGUAUGCUGAGACGAAAACCAACACGCCUAGAGCUAAAGCUUGAUGACAUUGAAGAGUUUGAGAGCAUUCGAAAGGACCUGGAGACCCGUAAGAAACAGAAGGAAGAUGUGGAAGUUGUAGGAGGCAGUGAUGGAGAAGGAGCCAUUGGGCUCAGCAGUGAUCCCAAGAGCCGGGAACAAAUGAUCAAUGAUCGGAUUGGUUAUAAACCCCAACCCAAGCCCAGUAAUCGUUCAUCUCAAUUUGGAAGUCUUGAAUUUUAGAGAUGGAUUAUCUUGCAUGCCAGAGCGCUGGAAUGGAAUAAAAUGAUGGCAGAAGUACAAACCAGAUUUAGAGAAUUGAGUGCUUACAGUCAAGCAGAAUGUACCUCCUGCAGAGACAAAUCCUUCUGCAUGAGAUUACUGAUGCUUCACUUGCACUCUAAGCUGGAAUCCAAACUGUGGUUUGUCUCUGGAAAAUCUGACUCUAUAAAACUGAUCUGAGUUUUUGUUUUUAAAAAUAAAUAUAUUUUUGGAAAAA